AUGGAAUCGAAGGCCAGCCUCCCAUCACACUAUGAAUGCCUUGGUGUAGACCCAUCCAUCAACUCCGUGGACUUGGCGCGGCAAUACAAGAAGCUGUCACUGCAACUGCAUCCAGACCGGGCAGUCUAUCGGGACGACGCCGGCAAUGAGAUGCACGUGCAGGCACGCUAUCAGCGCAUCACGGAGGCCUACGCGGUUCUGUCAGACCCAAAGAAACGUAGCGCAUACGACGCAAAGCACGGUGUAAACUUUCAAUCGCGCCUGGCGCGCUUGCAGACCGCCAUUGGUCAGCACAACACCAUGGCGAUGCAGCGCACCGCGAUGGGCCGUAAGACGGCCGAUUCGGCCUUUACAUCCUCUCCCACGACUGAUGAGCAUGGCGCGCAGCACCUGCAUGCUGCACCGCACAAGGUUUCUGCAGAGCGCACGGGUGACGAUGACGACGAUGAGGACUAUGACCCAAACGACGUCUGCGUCCCGCCACGUGGCGCGCCGCAUCAAGCCAGCUCAAGUAGCCUGCAUAGCGACGAUAGCUGUGAUGCACAUGGAGAGGGCAACUAUAUCGCCCGUCUGUUCAGCUUACAGCUGCGCGUCGGUGCUGAGGAGGCGCCAAAGACACGCAACGGGGUGCCCGUGGCGCACUACCAGACUAUCACGCUUACCCGUGCGUUCAGCUCACCAGCAUCGCCCUACGCCGGCACGUGGGGUCUCGUCUUCGAAAAGAACGAACUCGUGGGCCUCGAUGACGAAUACCCGGAGGAACUGGAGCGCAUCACCGGCCUCGCUGCCGUCCCGUUCCCGUCUGUGGUGCAGCAGAUCAACGACACAAUGGUGCUACCGACGACAGACGUGCCGCGACUGCUCUCUCGGCUCCACGAAGCAGAGUGCACACGGAGAUCAGUGGUGAGCCCCGUCACAGGCCAAACUGCGUCGACCACUAAUGGCGCACGCUCGGGCGAGUGUGAACAGUUGGGUGAGGUGCAUGUGGAGGCCCCGACAGACCUUUCACCGUUCCCCUCGACGGAACACCUCCACUUGGUCUUGGCCUAUAGCAUCGUGGCAUACGAUCUCGUUGGUGAGGUACACUUGCUGGGCGAUGAUGAGGUGAUCAGCCGUUUGGUGCCGUCGUGGUGCGUUGCCCCACAACUGAGCCCGCUCAUGCCGGAUGCGGCCGUCCUGUCUGUAAACAACACCCAUGUCCGCUCCGCAGCGGAGCUGCGGGCGGCCGUGCGGGCGGCGGUGCUCGAUGGAGAGGACGAGGACACCAUGCAGGCGGUGAAGCGAGCUCGCACAUCGCGCGCUGUUGUUGUGGAAUUUUGCCAGCUUCCGUUUCUGUGCUCGGGUUCGUCGCUUGACGAUGUCUCCCGAUCCCCACCACCACCACACCUAGACUUGACGGAUGAAACACCGCGAGCCUCGCACGCCUCCCUUCUCUUCUGA